AUGUCUCUCGGAAAGAAGGUCACUCUCAACACUGGUCACCAGAUCCCCCAGCUGGGCUUCGGUACCUGGCAAUCCGCCCCUGGUCAGGUUGGCGAGGCCGUCUACGAGGCCUUGAAGGCCGGUUACCGCCACCUUGAUCUGGCAACCAUCUACCAGAACCAGCGCGAGGUCGCCGAGGGCAUCAAGCGUGCUUACAAGGACGUCCCCGGUCUCAAGCGCGAGGACCUCUUCAUCACAUCUAAGCUCUGGAACAGCCAACACCGUCCUGAAGUCGUCGAGGCUUCUUUGGAUGCCUGCCUUGCUGAGCUCGAGCUGGAAUACCUCGAUCUCUACCUUGUUCACUGGCCCGUUGCCUUCGAGAAGGGCGAGUCCUACUUCCCCCUCGUUGCCAACAGCACCGUCGAGGGCGGCGAUGUGAUCAUUGAUGAUGGUGUUUCCAUUGUGGACACGUGGAAGGCCAUGACCAAGCUUCCCAAGAGCAAGGCCCGCUCCGUCGGUGUCUCCAACCACAAGAUCGAGCAUCUCGAGGCUCUCAUUAACGGCACCGGCGUCGUCCCCGCUGCUAACCAGAUCGAGCGUCACCCCGUUCUCCAGAGCAACGACCUCAUUGAAUACUGCCAGAAGAAGAACAUUCACAUCACCGCUUACUCCGCGUUCGGUAACAACAUGCUGAACAUUCCUCUCCUGAUCACCCGCCCCGAGGUGAAGGAGGUUGCCGAGUCUGUUGCCAAGCGCACCGGACAGGAGGUUUCCCCCGCUCACGUUAUCCUCGCCUGGUCCCAGGUUGGUGGACACAGUGUCAUCCCCAAGUCGGUGACUCCCUCGCGCAUCCGUGACAACUUCAAGGAGAUCGAGCUCACUGCCGAGGAAGUUGAGAAGGUCAGCCUUCUGGGACAGAACCGCAAGCGUUACAACACCCCUUACACUGCCAACAAGCCUCGCUGGAACAUUGAUAUCUUCGGCGAGCCUGAGGAGAAGCCCGCUGACCACAAGGUCAUUUUGUAA